CAGGACUCUAGAAACCAUUGCAGCAGUUCACCAGUAAUCGAAUAUUGUUAUUAUUACAUAAAGCUUAUAGAAUAUUAAUGUAUAUUAUAAUGUUUAAUUGUAUUGUCGCCGUCACGCUCUGAUUCGUCGAUGAGCAUUUGCUUUCACAAAACUGAACACUUCCUUUUAAACCCAACCCUCUCUCCCAACAUCGGAAUCAUCCUUCGUCUUCUUCCUCCGAAAUCUGCACAGAAAGAGAGAGAGAGAGAAGAUGAAGAACGGAGGGAACAACAACACGAAGCUAAUUCUUCUUCAUCCGUACAUCCAGAAACAGACGAGCACAAAUCGGCUAUGGCUUCUCGCCUUCGUCUCCUUCUUCACCAUCGCAUUCCUCCUAACCUUACUCUAUACCAGAGGCUCCAUUCCCGCCAAAUCCUCCACCACCGCCUCCGUAUUCUCCGCCGGAGUCACCGCCGCCGCUAACCCCCAGCUCCCGACGAGCGUAAUCAACGCGCUGCUUCAUUACGCGUCGAGAUCUAACGACAGCUUCCACAUGUCGCAUGGAGAGAUGAAAUCGAUCUCCGACGUGCUCCGCCGCUGCGCUCCGCCGUGCAAUCUCCUCGUCUUCGGCCUCACCUACGAGACACUUCUCUGGAAAUCGCUCAACCACAACGGCCGUACGGUCUUUGUCGAGGAGAAUCGCUACUACGCCGCGUAUUUCGAGGAGAUCCACCCUGAGAUCGACGUGUUCGAUGUCCAGUACACGACAAAAGCCACGGAGGCGCGUGAGAUUGUUGCGGCGGCGAAGGAGGCGGCGCUCAACGAGUGCCGACCGGUUCAGAACCUCCUCUUCUCCGACUGCAAGUUGGGCCUCAACGACUUGCCGAACCACGUGUACGAUGUUGACUGGGACGUGAUCUUCGUCGACGGGCCACGUGGCGACGGACACGACGGACCCGGUAGGAUGUCGUCGAUUUUCACGGCGGCGGUGCUCGCCCGGAGCAAAAAGGGCGGGAACCCGAAGACCCAUGUCUUCGUUCACGAUUAUUACAGGGACAUCGAGAGGCUUUGCGGCGACGAGUUCCUCUGCCGGGAGAAUCUCGUGGAAUCUAACGAUAUGCUUGCGCACUACGUGCUGGAAAGGAUGGAUAAAAACAGCACGCAGUUCUGUCGUGGCCAUAAGAAACGCUCCGUGUCUUCUUCAUCACCAUCUUCGUCUAAAUGAAAUACCUUUGUUUUUCUUAAAUAAAAAAAAUUAAAGUCGGAGAUAUUUUUAUGUGAUGGUUGGUGCGGCGGCGGCGGUGACGCGGCAAUGAUCUUUAACAGGAGUUUGUAAAAAAUAAAAAAUUUUAUUCGGAAUUUUCUUAUUGUAAUUUUGGAUCGCAUCAAAAGUUUUAAUUAUAUAGCCCUUCGGUUCGGAUGUAAUGUUA